UUUACCAAGGUUGUAGUCGGUGACCGGGACGCCAUGGAGCGAGUGGCGUACGAGGAGGCCAUCGACCAGGCAGCGGAGGGCGUGCUGUACAGCGAGAUGUUGCUGUGCCCUCAACCGCUGGCCUCCUCGAGCGUCGCACAACGGUGGCAAGGGAUGCCGGAAAGCAUGGUCAGCGUCAGGGACGUGCUGGACGCAGCGCUGCGAGGACUGCGCAAGGCGGAGCUGGCGACGGGCGCGAAGUUCAGGAUCGUCCUGUCUUGCACUCGUGGCAGGCCCGACUGGGCACCAGAGACUCUGGAGCUCUGCCGUGAGUACCGCGACCGAGGCGUGGUCGGCAUCGACGUCUGCGGCGUGGUCGGUCCCGAAGAGGCACAGUCAAUGCAAGUAGGCCUGGACGCUAGGGAGUGCGGUGAAGAGUUCACAGAUCCCCGGAUCAUCGACACUUUCCAGCGUGCUGUUUCUUACGGCGUACACCGGACCGUUCACGCGGCUGAGGCGGGGCCUCCGGCCACUCUGCUGCGGGCCGUUCGGGAACUUCACGCAGAACGCAUCGGUCACGGUUACCGGGCGGUCGCUGAAGGAGGCGACGCCUAUCGGCAAGCGUUGGCCGCCGGGGUCCACUUCGAGUGCUGCCCUACCAGCAGCUACCUUACUGGCAGCGUGGAUCGCAACGCAGCAGAACACCCCAUAGUGAGGCUAAAGCGCGACGGCGCAAGCUUCUCGCUGAACACCGACAACCCGGCGAUCACGCACACAACACUGGACGACGAGUACCAGCUGGCGCUGAAGCUCGGACUCACGCCCCAGGACAUUCUGCGAUGCAAUCGCUCGGCCAUAUCCGCCAGUUUUCUACCCGACGUCGAGAAAUGGGAACUGGAGCAAAAGUUCAACCGACUCAUCUGUUCGGAAUCGGCGAAUGCUUAG